UCUUCAAUUGUUUUCCUCAGUCAUCUUCCAUUUGAUUGAGCUUAAUUCCAGAUUUUAAUUUGCGAGAUUUCAUUCUUGAAUCAUACCUUCUAAUCAAAUUCACUCCAUCUACAAUCGAAAAACUCAUUACUGGCGCGCUACAAAAUCGGGAAAUGAGAGAAAAUUGAUUUAGUCGAAUCGAUUCCAAGAUGUCUGUGUUGGGGUCGAUUUAUCCGAUAACUGGCGAUUUCGGUUUUCACCCAUGAGUUUUAAACACUGAGAAAUCAAUUCGAUUGGGUCGGUGUAUUCUUCCCCAAGACCUCCGCGCCAAAUCGAUUAAUAGGGGAAUAGUAAACGAUUUUAAGCUGUUAAAAGAGGAUGAUUCUUCCGGACAAAAAGAAUCUACAAAGAAGACGUGAUUAUAUAUAGCACUUAUCAUGCAUCCCGAAGGAGCCAUUUACAAAACUGACAAUGAGCUAAAGUACUUGAAGAGAGAACAAUUUGGGAUUAGUAAUCGAUUUUAAGCUUGCCAGUGUUAAAAGAGGUUCAUAUAAUCAAGAAGAAGACAUAUGCAAAGAAACGUAAUCCCUAUAUAGCACUUAUCAUGUAACCCGAAGGAACCAUGAAAGGAAUUCUCUGGAGUAAGAUUUAUAAGUCUAGGGUCUCACCGGAGUAAGUCUUGAUGAGUAUAACCAUGGUCUCACCGGAGUAAGUAGUUUACUGCUGCCAGCUAUGGACGAUUUUGACCUGGAUUCUCCAGCAAGUCUUGAAUGGCUUGAUGGAUGAUAGAUUAGUUGUUGCAAGAUUUGCUGCCAUUUUGAUUGGUUUAAGUUUGAUGAAUCCUAAGCGGUGGAGAAAGGUGUAUUUAUAGUGAUUCCCGCAGAAAGUUUGGUGAGAUAUUAUAUUCAGUUGUAAACGGAUGACCCAUCUUUAUAAUUUGGUUUUUUUUCACCCGUAUCCGUUUUAUUAAUUUCGGGUUAAUUUCACUAAAUUGACCCGACCCAACUUCGAUUUUGUAUAGGGAUUUACUUAUAUAGGGAUGAUCGAAGCCGUUUACUACACUGAUUUAAAAUUGAACAAACCUCCAAAGGUUCCAAAAAGUCAUUACUAUUUACGGAAAGAAAUAAUGCCAAUAUAAUCAUAUGCUUUGAUCUAACUUUCCCUAUAUAAGUUAAAAAAAGAAUAUAAAAAGAGUUGGAAAAAGCAGAUUAGAUAUUUUUCUCCAUAGGUUCUCUAUCUCUGUCACGUUCAGUACCUUCAAACGUCAGCGUCGCCGUCUCGAUCUGAACAAUCCCUUUUUUUUUUAUAUACACAAAGUUCCAUACAUGGCAACAUUUAGUAAUAGUAAAUCCCAAAGCUUCGUUGUCUUCUUUAUUCCAAUAAAGAUUUGCAAAUAAUAAAGAAGGGGAGUUAUUAUGGGUAGGUCAGAGAGAGCACCGUGCGAUUUCUGCGGCGAGCGUGCGGCGGUUUUGUUUUGUAGAGCAGAUACGGCGAAGCUUUGUUUGCCGUGUGAUCAGCACGUGCACACGGCGAAUCUCUUGUCGAGGAAACACGUUCGAUCUCAGAUAUGUGAUAACUGCGGUAACGAGCCCGUCUCUGUACGGUGCUUCACCGAUAAUUUUGUUUUGUGUCAGGAGUGUGAUUGGGAUGUUCACGGGAGCUGCUCUGUCUCCGAUGCUCAUGUUCGAUCCGCCGUUGAAGGUUUCUCCGGAUGUCCGUCGGCGCUGGAGCUUGGUGCUUUAUGGGGGAUUGAUUUGGAAGGAGGUAGGAAAGAAAAAGAAGAAGAAGAGAGUCAAGUUCCGAUGAUGGAGAAUUUUGGGAUGCAGUUGGAUUCGUGGGUUUUGGGAUCUGAUGUUGUUCUGGAGGAAUUGAUUGUUCCUAGUGAUACUACGUUUAAGAAACGUGGAUCUUCUUCUAGUUGUGGGAGGUAUAAGCAGGUGUUGUGUAAACAGCUUGAGGAGUUACUUAAGAAUGAUAUUGUUGUUGUUGGUGGUGGUGAUGAUGGUGAUGAUGAUGAUGACCGUGUGGGUGAUUGUGAUGGGGAUGGAGAAGGGAUUAUGGUUCCGGAGAUGCCUGAGAGGUUUGAAUGGGGAAGAGAUGUAGAGGAGAUCUAUGGCAGAGAGCUGCCUCAAAAGACGUCGUUUACACCUUUGCAGUGGAAGGAUACUAAUCCUAGUGGUGGCCAGAGUUCUCAGAUAUGGGAUUUUAACUUGGGACAGUCAAGGGGACCCGAGGACACUAGCCGAAUGGAAGCUGCAUAUGUAGCAAAAGGUGCUGCUUCAUUCACAAUCAACAACUUUGUUGACAAUAUGAAUGAAACUUGUUCCACUAACGUGAAAGGUGUAAAACGGAUUUGUAAGGAUGACUACAAGCGAUCAACAUCAGGCCAGGUACAACCAACAACAUCUGAGAGCAACCAUCAUUCAAUUACCUUUGGCUCAGAGAAAGCUUCCAAGUCCUCCUCCAAUGACUUGCAUUUCACGAAGCAUAUUGCUGGAACUAGUUGUAAGACCACAAGACUACUGGCAACCAAGGCUGAUCUGGAGCGUCUGGCUCAGAACAGAGGCAAUGCAAUGCAGCGUUACAAGAAAAAGAGGAACAAACGGAGAUAUGAUAAGACUAUAAGGUAUGAAUCGAGGAAGGCAAGAGCAGACACUAGGUUGCGUGUCAGAGGCAGAUUUGUGAAAGCUAGUGAGGCUCCUUAUCCUAUAUAGGUUUCCUUUUACCCUUAUAAAUUAAAAGAAAUAUGUUUCUUGACUGUCUAUUUUGGUCUAUUCCAAGCAAUUAAAGUCUCACAAGCUAAUGCACCUUGAUAGUA